AAUGAGGCGACCCGGCUGGUGACAGGCUUGCAGUCCCGUGCCGGGUGUCUGAUGGUGGUCGACAAGCAAGUAUCCUAUUUGAGAUUAGAAUACUUUUUGACCUUCAUCAUAUCAGAAACGUAUAUACUUUGUCGCUGAUCCAUCGAAAACCGGACAGAGCUGUACAGUAUUUGUGAUGCAGCGGAGAUCAUCACAGAGAUGACGCUUGUAUAACCGUCAGUACAGUAACGUUUGGCUAGCUAACUCACACCUUUAGUUAACGUCAGCCCACUGGUUCAAAUAACACAUUUUGAUAACAUCAUAUUUGAUUCCACGGCGUGACAGUAACCUUAAAAUAAUGCGAAAGGCGUUUCUGAGACAUGUCCGUCGGUUUCCGUGGGUCACCAACGUUACACUGUACGGCUGUCUGUUCGCCGGGGGGGACUUUGUCCACCAGUGGUUCUCGCGGAGGGAGAAAAUGGACUGGUCCCACACAAGGAACGUCGCCGUGGUCGCGUUCAGUUUCCAUGGCAACUUCAAUUUCUUUUGGAUGCGGUUCUUAGAGCGGAGGUUUCCGGGCAAUUCUGCCAGGAUGGUGAUGAGGAAACUGUUUCUGGAUCAGACCACAGCGGCGCCCCUGGCUACCAGUGUCUUCUACACAGGUGUCAGCUUCUUGGAGGGCAAAGAGGACAUCCUGGAAGACUGGAGAGAAAAAUUCUUGAAUACAUAUAAGACAGGGCUAAUGUUCUGGCCAUUCAUGCAGUUUCUGAACUUUGCCUUGGUGCCUCUGUACGUGCGGACCACUUUCACCGGGUGCUGUGCCUUCGUCUGGGCCACCUUCCUGUGCUUCUCACGUCAAAGUGGCGACGGCACAGCUGCUGCUGCUCUGGCAUGGUUGUUCCCUCCCAAAGAGGAUGAAGCAGAAUCCACAAAGGGCAAAGUAGACACUGAAGACAAGAUAGUGGCUCCCAAAGAUGGAACGGUAGCAUCUAAAACCACUCAGAACAGGGACAUCAUCGUUUCUUCUCGGGUUUCGGCGCGCGGGCACUCCAGCGACAUGGAACUGAAGAAAUCUAUUUCGGACACCGAGCGCGCGCUCAGGAGCUACGGCGCCGUGUCGGAAACGGCGUGGACAACGGACAAAGGUCAUUCAGACGUGUCCAUGGCAGAGAGCACCAUGUCUCCAGAGGAGAUCGAGGUGGAGAUGACUCGUAUCCAGCGCCUGCGAGAGGUCCUGGUGCGCCGGGAGUCAGAGCUGCGUUUCAUGAUGGAUGACAUCCAGCUCUGCAAAGACAUCAUGAGUUUAAAGCAGGAGCUGAGACAGAUUGUCGCAGUACCAGAGAAAGACAAAAACAAGAAGCACAGGCAGCGGGAGGAGGAGCUGAUCCUGAAGAUCCAUAAACUGGUACAGAAGAGGGAUUUCCUGGUGGAUGAUGCUGAGGUGGAGAGAUUAAGAGAGCAAGAGGAGGACAAGGAGAUGGCUGAGUUCCUCAGACUGAAGCUGAUGCCUCUGGAGAAGAAGCUCAAAGUCGCACAAAAUCCUCCAAAGCCCAAGAGACAAAUCCUGGAGCCGCCCCCCAACAAACCAUCCAUCACCAAGUCAGGAGUGGCCAUCAUUAAGGACUGCUGUGGAGCCACCCAGUGUGUCGUCAUGUAACUGACAGAGACCUCUUUAUGACCCAGUCCACGUGUCAGACACAACACACUCACAUCACAUGACAUGCCAUUUAUAACUUCCUGUGACUCAGAGAAACCCGGUCAGCCAGGUCUCCCCUGGACUCUGUGAAGGAGUCAGGUUAGUUUAAACAGCUUCAGCCACAAAGGGUCAGCCAGAGGUUUGGACACCGAUACCUAAUCAGUACCCGAGGAGCUUUUGUAACUAAAGACAACAGAAAUUAAAAAUGAUGAGGGAGAAACAUGGGUAUUGUAGAUAAAAAUAAAUCUAAUAUAUAAGUGUGUUAAUUGAGAAACAGAUUUCAUUAUGCAACAUUCCUUUUCAAGAUGGCGAUGUGGUUUACGACGAUGUGUCUGAUACACAGUACAUGUCGGAAGAGAACUACAAGCACAAGGUCCACAUAGUGAACUGUGAAUGCUGGGUUUCUCUGUGUGACAGGAAAAAAACAAACAUCUGCUUUCACCUCAUCACGUUUGGUAAUGGAUAUUUCCAGACCUGCAACUCUACAUAUUUAUCAUUGUUACUAAGUGGGAGGAACACAUGGUUCAGACAAACAACAGGGCUGCACAUUGAGUGAACAAUGUAAACUGGGUUGGAAAUGGUAGAGGACAGUGACAACCAGUGGAUGAUUUUGCAGUGGAGCGGAGGAAUAUUUUUGAGCAGCAGAAUAAUUCUCUGAGCGUAGGGAAUUGGCCGAUUAAAAAUGUCUAGUCACUAAACUCUUAACCAUUAACAGACACACUUCAAGAAGAGACUCAAUGCUGACGUGCCGCUGCAAACACUGCUGAUAAACAGGGGCCACAAAACCAAACUGUAGGAUUAUGAUAGUGUUAAGAAAAUGUAUAGGGAAAUAGGUUUGGACAAAAUUAUAACUUAAGAUCAUUUUGUAGCACUACAAUGAAAUGUGUGUCCAGACUUUUACUUUACACUCUAUAAAGGCUAAAACCAACAGCCAUACAACCCCGUAUGUCCCACUUUUUAAACUAACAUUGUUAUUUUGGUCAACCCCUGUAUAUGCCAACACUUACACCAUUUUAUAAUCCAUGGAUUUUUUUCUUUUAAUAAAUGAUCCACUUGCUCAUUCCCAUAAUGCAGCACCUCCCCGGCCAUACUGACAUCAUCGCAGCCAUCAGCUACCGGGAAAUACUGACUGUGGUAGUAUGACAUCAUUCAUAGUUAUUAUGGAUAUUGCAAAUAUUGCUGACAAACAACUUGCAUCCUCUGAAUUUAGUCUUGCGUUUUUAUGAUAAACACCAGGAAAUGAAUGCAACUUUCUUGCAAAUGCCUACAAUAGAUGGUGUAUGUUUGAGUGUAUUUAGGACUUUAGUGACUCAUGUCAAGCAAAGUGUUGCUCUUUGUCACUUUACCUUCCUUCUGAUAACUUUAGCGUUCUGUAGUAGUAGUAAAUUUACAAAGGUCCAAAUGUUGAAUAUCGAACAAAUAUGCAGAAGAUAAGCUGAAACUACCUGUACAUAUAUGUUUAAAUAAAGAGCAUCUUUCAGGAA